AUGCUCUUCUCUACCAUCGUUGCUGUUGCCUCUGCUGCUCUCGUGAGCGCCACCCCCACUAAGCGCGUCGAUAACCGCGAGUGGAUUCACCUCGAAGUCAACGGCGGUUAUGAAGGCCAAGACCUCUGCGUCGGUCUCCCACCCAUCGCCUCCGGCUCCUACCUCGGCGGCGCCAUCUGCGGCAGCAGCAACGCGACCAUCAGCGACCUCACCACGCUCAUCGCCCUCUACGGCGUCGGCAAGUCGGGUCCGCUCAGGAACUCGCAGUACGGAUGCCCGACGUCGACUGGGGUUGAUCUCACUGGUGCUUCGGAUAUCCCUGUCGUCGAGUGCGAUCCGGAGGACCUGAACCAGUACUUCACGAUCCAUGAUGAUGGGACCGUUAUUAACGACGCGACGGGUGCUUGUCUUACUAUGGGCAAGAAGGCGCCCAGUGCUCCUUUGACUUUGGACACGUGCGGCGGAGCGGUGGCUGACCUUCAGCAGUUCACCGCCGUUCACAUCACGUCGACCUGA